ACGGCAUCAUUACCCUGAAAUGGCGCUGAGGCUACACAGCACACAAGCAAGCGUGGCGUGUCGCGCGGUGCUGCUGGUGGCAGCGCAGCUGGAUGUCCCUCUGGAGGUGGUGCCUGUUGACCUCAGGGCGGGGGAGCAGCUAACCCCUCAGUUCCUCGCUAUGAACCCCCAGCACUGCGUGCCCACAUUGCAGGAGGGGGAUUUUAUUUUGUGGGAAAGCCGUGCGAUCUGCACUUACUUGGCCAGCAAACAACAGAGCGCGCUCUACCCGCCCGACCUGCGGCAGCGAGCGACCAUUGACCGGCUCUUAGACUUCGACCUCGGCACUCUGCACUACAUCUUCGCUAAAACCUACAGAAGCGUCAUCGAGGGAAAGCAAGAAGCUCCACACGCAGAAGACUUGAAGAAGUUGGACGAAGCUUUGGAGCUUUUAGAAAAGUUUCUUUCGAACUCAACUUUUGUUGCAGGCAAGCAACUUUCUGUCGCUGAUUGCUGCCUUGUUGCCACCGUAUCAACUUGUGAAGCAGUCAACCACAAUAUGAAAAAGUUCGUAAAAGUUGCAGCAUGGUUAGAAAAAUGUAAGCAGACACUCAAGGGCUACGAAAAAUAUAAUACUCCUGGGCUGGAUAUGAUCAAAACAUUUUCUGAAAUGCAGAAAAAGUCCCGGAAAAAUAAGACAGCUACUUCUUCACAGUAGGCAUCUAACUCAAAGCAAUCUUUGCCUUCGGAAGGUUUCGCCGUUGCUGCCAUUUUUUGGAAAGCUGAGAAAAAAUUAAUUUUUGAACUGAAACUCUCGUUUACACUAAGGAAAAUCUAAUGGAAUCUUUCUGAAAAUAAUUCUAGGCAUAAUUCUAAACGAAAAUCCAAAAUGAGUUAUCGCGCAUGACGAUAAUCCUUGUAUAUAUUUUUCUAGUCGAACAUAUAUUCGGGAACUGAUCUAAAGAAACCAUUUGACGAGAAUAUCGAUUACACUCAUUAUCCACUAAAUUGGAUAAAUUCUAAAAAGGCAGUCAUAGCGUACAGAGCUAAUAAAAGUGAACGUAAGA